UUUCGGCAAACUCGCUAUACCGUUCGUAUCCCUAGAGAUCAGCAAACAAACCAGCAACCUAGGUUUGUUGGCCCUACUACACAUCAGGUAACUAACCCGCUGCCCCAUCAUAGAGGUCCUCUGGAACCUGCAACAAAUCAGUUUCCUCUGUUUGUAGACUCUCAAGGUCUAAGUAACCAACAUUUUCACAGCACCUCGGAACAGAAUACAAACUCAAUACAGUUUCCGGCACCACUGGUUAACUCUCAACCUUCUAAUACACGACAAAUAACCAACCACCAUCCUGGACUGAGCUUCGUACCAAGACCACAAGUCUUCCACGACUUGCGUCAGCCUACAUCUGUCUGCGAUCCCCUCGCCAAGCCGUUGGUUGACGAGAUUUACGAUGGAAAGGCUUACCACUUCUCAUGGUGUCACGAUGGCGGCCGAUCCUACACCUGGUUAACUGCUAACUAUUACUGUGCAGGCCUUGGUAAUGGCUUUCAACCUGUCAGUUUAGAAAGUCGGCUAGAACAAGAUUUUAUUUCUACCAUUAUUAUUCAACAUUACAUCUCUGACGUAUGGACGAGCGGUAACACCAUAAGCUCUUCCUCUUGGACUUGGUUAUCUGGUGCGUCUUCAGCUUACACAAACUGGUCUCGUACUGGCAGGCGAGGCCUCCCUCAACAUAACGACGAAGGUAACGAGAAGUCGGCUUUGCUCAAUAACCACUACAACGACGGUGUUACAUGGCACGACUCAAACUGCAACAAUCAAAGACGCGUUAUAUGCGAGGCAACACACAAUUCUAUGGUGUAUUGA